GUGGAGGCCGAUAUGGAGACCGCAUCACCAUAUGAAUGGAUUCCAGCGCUCAUGGCCCCGGAGAAAUUCGUACCUAGAGAAGUUUUCGACGUUUGGGAAUCGCAGGUACGACGUUAUGUCCGCAGGCUGCCGUCAUCGUAUCAAGCAGAUGCGGUGAUUAAUCUGCUAACGAGGGAGGCCUGCAACCUUCUGGUGACCCUGAGGCGGCGUUUGGCAGAACCAAAAACGACAUUUGAACAACGAGAAGAGUUUUACAUGCGACAGCAGCGACUUGAGGAAAGUCUGAUGGACUAA